AUGUGCGGCCCCAGCGUGAACGAUGGUGCUGCGGCCGAGCCAGUCGUGGCUGCAGAUGCAGGUUUGGAAGCGGCCACUCAACCAGCCGAGCCCGUGGCGCCGACCGUGCUUGAAGCGGAGGCUGCACAGGAAAGCCAGCCGCUGCAGCCCGGAGGCGGCGCGCUGGUCGCUGCAGCCGACUUGGUGAAGCGCCGCCGGUGCGACGAGCCCAAAAAUGAAGGGUCGGCAGGCGUCUGGAAGAGCAAGACGGCCUGGUGGUGCGCCGACUGCAACAAAGUCACCAGCCGGCUUGCGCGAGCCUACGAUGGCUUGCCGGACAGCUGGGCCAGCACCUCCGAGGCGGCGAAGGUAGAGUUCUUCAAGCGCUGCAAAGCGGAAGGCCAACACCUGUCCUUCGACCGCGCGCGCAGCCCCCUCGUGGACACGCUGACAAGCACCGUCACAGAGUCCGAAAAAACCUCGGUGGGCGGCGGCUUUCAGCCGCUGUUGUGGUGGGCUCAGCAGGGGUACGACGUGGAAGCUGUGGAGGCCUAUGGGGAGCAGAAGUCCCACGAUGUCUUCGGCGCUGUCUAUUAUGUGGGCAUCGAGCACAAGAGCAAGGACAAGAUCAAGGACACCAUCCACUUGGCCGCACAAAAAGUGAAAGCUUGUCAGCCAAAAAAGCUGCCGGGCGGCUGC